GAGAGAAGCGCUCCGCCACGGGGGCGAGCGCGCAGGCGCCUUCUUGGGUUAGCUGCCGGCGCGAAUCCCAACGUUCCGCGGGCGGUGGGGCUACUUCUUCACAGACCGAAAAGUCCGUAUUUAACUGGAAAGGAAGCAUCACUUAAAAGUUCUCUCAUACUCCUUAUCCCAAAGAAUUGAUAACUUUUCUCCAAUAAAGAAAAGAAGUGACUGACUACCAGUUAGAAGUAUUCUGGCACUGGUCCCAUUUUUUCCCUCCUUACAUUUGUAGAAAAAAUAUGGAGAAAUGGAACUUGAUGGCAGUUGUGGUCCUACUAGGACUAACAGUACGGUGGACAGUUUCCCUUAAUUCUUACUCAGGUGCUGGAAAACCCCCUAUGUUUGGUGAUUAUGAAGCUCAGAGACAUUGGCAAGAAAUUACUUUUAAUUUACCGGUCAAACAAUGGUAUUUUAACAGUAGUGAUAACAAUUUACAGUAUUGGGGAUUGGAUUAUCCUCCUCUUACGGCCUAUCAUAGUCUUUUAUGUGCAUAUGUCGCCAAGUUCAUUAAUCCAGACUGGAUUGCUCUCCAUUCAUCACGUGGAUAUGAAAGUCAGGCACAUAAGCUUUUUAUGCGCACCACAGUGUUAAUUGCUGAUUUGCUGAUUUAUAUACCUGCAGUGAUUUUAUACUGUUGUUGUUUAAAAGAAAUCUCAACCAAGAAAAAGAUUGCUAAUGUAUUAUGCAUAUUGCUGUAUCCAGGCCUUAUUCUUAUCGACUAUGGACAUUUUCAAUAUAAUUCUGUGAGUCUUGGCUUUGCGUUGUGGGGUGUUCUUGGAGUAUCUUGUGACUGGGACCUCCUAGGCUCACUGGCAUUUUGCUUAGCUAUAAAUUAUAAACAGAUGGAACUUUACCACUCCUUGCCAUUUUUUUGCUUUUUGCUUGGCAAGUGUUUUAAAAAAGGCCUGAAAGGAGAGGGGUUUGUUUUGUUAAUUAAGCUGUCUUGUACAGUUGUGGCUUCCUUCAUUCUCUGCUGGCUGCCAUUCUUUACAGAAAGGGAGCAAACAAUGCAAGUUCUGAGAAGACUCUUCCCAGUUGAUCGUGGAUUAUUUGAGGAUAAAGUGGCCAAUAUUUGGUGCAGCGUCAGUAUCUUUCUGAAGAUCAAGGAUAUUUUGCCACGUCACAUCCAGAUAAAAAUCAGCUUUUGUUUUACAUUUUUGAGCCUGCUUCCUGCAUGUAUAAAAUUAACACUUAAGCCCUCUCCCAGAGGAUUCAGAUUUACUCUGGUUAGCUGUGCACUGUCAUUCUUUUUAUUUUCUUUCCAAGUACAUGAAAAGUCCAUUCUCUUGGUAUCAUUACCAGUCUGCUUAGUUUUAAGUGAAAUUCCUUUUAUGUCUACUUGGUUUUUACUUGUGUCAACAUUUAGUAUGCUACCUCUUCUGUUAAAGGAUGAACUCCUAAUCCCCUCAGUUGUGACAACGAUGGCAUUUUUUAUAGCUUGUGCAACUUCUUUUUCAAUAUUUGAAAAGACUUCUGAAGAAGAACUGCAAUUGAAAUCCUUUUCCAUUUCUGUUAGGAAAUACCUUCCAUGUUUUACAUUUCUUCCCAGAAUUAUACAGUAUUUGUUUCUUACCUCAGUCUUCACUAUGGUACUUCUGACACUGAUAACUGUCACACUGGAACCUCCUCAGAAAUUACCGGACUUAUUUUCUGUAUUGGUUUGUUUUUUAUCCUGCUUGAACUUCCUGUUCUUCUUGGUAUAUUUUAACAUUAUAAUCAUGUGGGAUUCCAAAAAUGGAAGAAAUCAGAAGAAAACCAACUAGCUUUAUUUCCACA